GAACGGCAAGUAAUCGAAGGAAGAGAGAGGUCGAUGCUUCGGAAUAUGAACAACCAGAGAUGGGGGUCGACGCCGACUAUGACAAAAGAAGAGGAUUUUAUCGCAGUUUCAUGAAUGUUUCGCUGGGGACGAGGCUGGAGAUGGGGCAGAGUCUCAAUUCGCUCAUCAAGAGCUGCACCUUCAACGGACGGAACUGUCUGAACUCAGAGUUUUUCGGCGUGCUCUCGACGCCCGAGUACGGCAACUGCUUCACCUUCAACUCCAACAUCAGCUCUGCGGCGGACCGCGAGGCCGGUCAGCGGGUCGCCAGCAUGGUAGGACCCAACACCGGUCUCAGUCUGGUGCUGUUCGUCGACACCAACAACUACAUGCCGUCGACGGUGUCACAGACGCGAGGUGCGCGCGUGGCCAUCCACCCCAGCGACGUGACGCCGCUGAUGGCCGAGACCGGCAUGGAGGUCAGCCCGACCAGCCUCACUUCCAUCUCUAUCAUUGAGGUGAGCGAAUCUCACCCCCGACCGGUACCACACCGACCAGUCUCACAUCAAUAUCCAUCACUGAGGUGA